CCAGUUACCCUCCUGGGAUGGGUCCCACAGCCACUGCUGGAGAUCUCCGCUCUCUUCCCCCACCCCCCACACAGAGCAGGUCCUGGGGGAGGGAUCCCACAGACCUCCCCAGGGGGACUGGAGAAACUCCACCGCUCUCCCCCGGCUAGCGGGAGUUGUUGGGAGGGCGGGGGCGAGGAGAGCAAGAGGAAAGAGGCUGGGAUCCGGGACGAGGGGGAAGGGGAAGAGUCGGGAAGGAGGAGGGGAGGAGAUGGAGGGGAAGGGGAGAAGGAGGGAGGAGAGAGGAAGGGGGAGGAGAGGCGAGAUUCAGGCUAGGAGAGGAAACAGAAGGGUCCCUGUGCGCUGUGGGCGAUGCGCCUCCUGGCCCUGGCCCUGGCCGCGCUGCUGGCCCAAUCGCCCACCCCAGAUAUUUGCGAGGCUCUGAAUGUGACAGUCUCUCCAGGACCGACAGUGCAAUACGCCGAGGGAGACAAUGCUACUCUUUAUUGUCACGUUUCACAGAAGAGACGGACAGACAACUUACUUGCUGUCCGAUGGGUUUUUGCCCUCUCACCCACACAGGAGUAUCUGAUGAUCAAAAUGACUAAAUUUGGGAUUGUCCAGUACUAUGGAAAUUACACCCACCGCUUCCACAAGCAAAGACUUCGCCUUCUCAAAGAGAGACACGGAGCAACGUACAAAUUCCUAAUUCUGAAUCUCCAGCCAACGGAUCAAGGCCAUUAUAUAUGCAAAGUCCAGGAAAUUGGCAAGCACAGGAAUAAGUGGACUGCAUGGUCAAAUGGCACAGCAGCUACUGAAGUUAAAGACCUGUAUGUAUAUGCAGUGUUUGUGUGCUCCAUUGGCAUCAUCAGCGUCCUCCUUUUUACACUUGUCAUUCUCUGCCAGUCGCUGCUGAACAAGAAAAAAUCCAGAGUGAAGCAUUAUCUGGUGAAAAGUCCCCAGAACAGCUCAGGGGAGACGGUCACCAGUGUGACAAGUCUGUCCCCGCUACAGCCCAAAAAAGUAAAGAAAAAGAAAGAGAAGGCUGAGCAACCCCCAGCUAUCCCAGCGAAAGCUCCAAUAGCCAAUACUUUUCAGAAACCUAAGCUGUUGAAACCUCAAAGAAAAAUUAUUCUGCCUAAAAUUGCAGAGGAGAACUUAACGUACGCCGAACUUGAGCUGAUCAAGCCCCAUCAGGCAGCCAAAGGUGUGCCCACCACGACGGUCUACGCCCAGAUCCUGUUUGAGGAGAACAAGCUGUAAAAGCCGGUGUCUGGCUAAAUGUUCUUUGGCCGCGUUGUAUUUAAUUCUUGCUGUGCUGUUUAUUUAUAAAAAUCAUACAAAUGUU